AUGGCACCCUUGGAUCAAGCUCCGUCUCCGCCACCGGCGCCGCGCCAGCAAGUCAAGGAGGUUCUCUCCAUGUGCAUCGUCCUGGCCAGGGAGAGGUACAGCAAACAUGGCGAGAUCGAUGCUGCAGCCAUCCGAAGCACGAUCGCUGGUGACCUUUUGGCAACAUUCCCCCCCUUUGUACGCGUGACCUCAAGCACGGGCUGCGACCUGCACAACGAGAAGCGCCAGACCAGCAAAGACGACCUUGUGACGGCGCCUCUGGGAACUGAGCUGGUUGGCGACAACAUCUCUGCUAGCCUGGUCGCCACGAAUGUCACGACAGCGGUCGUCUCUGUCACGCUCCUAGACUUUACCAGCUCUCCAUCGCUGCUCCACAAAAUGUGCGAUACCAUGAUAAAAAGAGCCCUGCCCGGUGAGGUGGAGGGCGACCAAUGGUGGAACCUGUUCUACCUGCUGUGCUACCCUUCAGCUAAAGCGGUGGACUACCUGCUGAUUGGGGCAGCGAAGCACCUUGUAUCACCCGACUUGGAUAUGACUGUCGCCGCGGUCCGGGUGUUGGAUGCGGAUUGGAGAGUCACAUCGCCCCGUUGGCGAACAUCCGAUUUCGCAUGGCUGGUUCUAUGGCUGCUGCCGAUCUGGGCGGCAGUGCUCUUGCCUGCGGUCGUUGUCUGUAGAGCAGCAUUGGGCCACAGACGUGCAGCGGUGCUGCAGGAGCUGGAACGCGCCUUGGACGCGAUCGAGGUGGACAAGAACCGAAACCGCUUCCACGGAGCGGAGGCGGGCAAGGCCGUUCGCCAGACGAGGUGGCUCGCGCGUACUGUGCUCCUCUUGGCCGUCCCUCUUCUGCCCUGGCUGCCCGCCUUGGCUGUCCUCCCGGUCGCCCUCCCUCUCUCUCAGCAGGACGUCGCCUGUGCGGCGUGGGUCAAGUCGAGAGCGUUGCGGCGCGUCUGGCUUCUCUUGGGCUGCGCGAGUGGUGUCAUCUACUGCGCCUGGCUCCUUGCGAGCUGGAGUCUGACCUACAGCGGGGAAGAAAAAGACCUGAACCCGGUGGGAGAAAUUAUCGUUUGGCAUAAGGUCUUCGUCAGCGAGUGCCACCAGCUCAUCGGUCAGAGAGACGAGUACGAAUCGUUUCGUCUGGGCGGCAAGAACGUCUAUUAUCCAUUUCACGGCAAGGUCUGUAGCGCGUACCUGCACGCAAUUCGGCCGGAAAACGCGCCCAUCUUCGCUUGGAUGCUCUUCGGCCAGGGCUGCGCCAGCCUGCUUCUUGCCUGCGUCUCGGGGGCGCUGCUGCUCAAAAGCGCGGGGUGCAAGGCCGUCCCCGGCGGCCGCUACCUCGCAGCGUUCGCGCGCUGCGGCGCAACGAGCGUCGACGGGCUGCUGGCUGGCGCUUCAGAGCGAGUCUCCGACAGAUUUGCAGGCUCGGCUAAGGAGCUCGUCACCGGCCAGCCCGAGGAGGCGGCAACGGGGCUCUACGGGAUCAUCGGCUACGAGGAGGCGUACCUGCGAGAGCGCAUGGCUGCGGGCACCGCCGCCAUCGUCGCGGAGGCCGAGGCGCUGGGCGACCCGGAGGUGCUCGAGAACCUGCGCUACAUCCUCGACGCGCCGGCCGGCUCAGAAGCGCACGUCGUCGCUUUGCGUCUGUAUUCGACCGCCGCGUUUCGCGCUCUCAACGGCCCGAUGCGCAACCUGAAGCUCAGCCCCUGCCGCAAGGACGAGGCGGGCAACCCCCUCCCGCUCGAGCCCCCGCAGCUGGCGGCGCCCCACCCGCAGCCCGUGACGAUGGCCUUCAUCUACGAGGCGUUGAAGCGGAUGCGCGCCGUCGCCGCAGCGACGACGGUCGACCCCGAGUGCAAGAAGAUGGAGGAAUUGGCGGUGGCUGGCGAGCUCAGCCUGGAGACGCUGCGGCAGGCGUCGCGGCAGGCGCGGCGAGACGAGGAGGGAGGUGACGAGGAGAGCCAACAGGAGGGCUCCGGUUUGGAGGAGGGGCGGGCAACUGGUGUCAGCAAGAGCUCGUACCUUGGCUCAGUCGACCAGAGCGUGGGCGAGGGGCACGGGGAGCGCACAGGUGCUGGGAGAGGCAGCGCGCCGCUGUCUGCGCUGCAAGCGGUGGCCCGGGCAUUCGGGGACAUGAUUUGUUCGCCUCGCUUUCUCGCGCUCGGCGGGACUGAGUUUGCCUGCUGCAGCACGACCUCUCGGCUGGAGGUCGCGGCUCGCUACGCGUGCGCCGCGGGCGAGAAGGCCUUGCUCUUCCGCAUCAAGAGCAGCACAUUUAUGAACAUGGGCGUGGACAUCAGCGACUUCUCCGCGUUUCCGCACGAGCAGGAGUGCCUAUAUCCUCCCCUCACGUACCUGCACCCCACCGGCGUCACCCACCGGCUUGUGCGCGACGACGUCCAGUUCGACGUGGUGGAGGUCGAGCCGUCGUUCCCGAGCUGA